UAAUAAGCGGUGUCACGGACCAGCGCGCGGAUGUCAAGUUGCAAGCGAGCACACCUGUCGCCUGUCGUUGGGCAGUGAGUUUGCUGGACUCGUCUCAGGCUUGUUUGGAUUCAUCUUACUGAUGGUGAACCACUUCAGUUUAAUUUCACGAUGCCGCAAGUAGGAAAGUUUUUUAUAAUUCAGGUGCUUGCUAUUUACCUCUGCACUGCCCAAGGUAAUCAAUGAAUAUUAUUGUUGUUAGCUAGAUCGCAAAUAUUGUUUUAUUUAAUUAUUUUUAAAAGAAAGCUUAGAGCUGAUAAAAAUUCUAGUUCUUAAAGUUCGCAUUUGGGGGAAAAUGCUAGACUAUUUAGGUCAGUUUCUGGUUUACCGGUCGACUAAGCGAACUCGGAUAAUUGACAUAGAUGAUCGACAUUCCUUGCUACGCUUAACACAACUCACGCGGAAUGGCUGAAAUAACAUGUGUGCCUUACAACUGCACAGAUGCAGAAGAUUUCUCUCUCUCCUGGUGCAUGUUUUAGAUUCCCAAUUCAAGUUACAGUGAUAGCUUACAAUCACGGGCGUAAGAGUAAUCGGCACAUAUGCGAUACCAGCCCCGAUAUCAAGGGUACCAGCAAGGAGACCUUUUCCCUUCUCCUCCCCCCCUCGCCUUACUCUUGCCGUGCGCGGUUUUAGUGGGGCAUAAAAGGGUGGAGUUUAGGUACCAACUUAUUUCAGUCUCUUAACCCUCGGAGGUACACGUCCGAGGGUUAAAACAUGGUUUUAAUUUUUUCCUUCAACACCACUCAGAGAUCAUCGGGGUUAACUGAUAUGUGCCAAUAACAUAUUUCUUUCAGACGCUGUUUUUCAGUUUAAAAGAUCAGAAAUAAACGUGCCGGAGGAUUCAGGACAAGUCACUGUUGUGAUCGAGAAUACCGGUAAUACCGAUGUGUCUGCUGGUGUGAGGUAAGAAAAUUACAAACCAUUUGAGAUUUCUAUCACCUUCAUUACUAUUGUCAUCACCAACACCACGACCAUCGUUAUAAAAAAACAUCCUAUAAAUGGCUUGGAAUAAAACGUCAAACCCGAUCUGUGACCCUUUGGUGCACGUGUAGCCGACAAGGCCUUGUCUCCCAGUUAUCUAUUGCUGAAAGUUCGGGUUCCGCGGUAGAUUGGUCACAAAUAUUCAAUUCCAAUUUUAUUUAACAAACAUACAUUUUUUUUUUGUUCCAGGGUAACUACUUCGGAAAUAACAGCCAGUCCCGAUGUAGACUAUGAAACGACAGAUUCAAUUGUAAUUUUUGCAUCCGGUGACGCAGAGAAAACUGUUUCAAUUUCAAUAAUCGACGAUGAUGAGGUUGAGGGCGAGGAAGCUUUUGAAGUCAAAUUAGCACUUAACGAUCCAGCCCAACCCGGUGUGACGAUUGGAGAUCGAGCCAUGACAACUGUAGUUAUUGAAGAUAUUGAAGGUGUUUCAACUGCAUUAGCUACUCUUACAACAGAAAGCCCCUCCACGGCGGGUAAGAGGGAGGCUCGGUGUGGAACCAUAGUCUCGAUUCUAAAAUCCCUUGUUAAAUUGAUGGGUUUCCCUGGUCGGAGGUACUUAAUUUAGGGCCUGUUUACAUGAAGGUGGGGGACCCCAGGUAGGUGAGGUAACCCGCCUGUCCAUAUAAUCUCUCAUUUUAAUUUGAUCACGUUUACAUGAUAAAUGUGAUGACCCGCCCAGGCUAGUAGCCCAGGCAGCCAGACGGGGUAACCCUCUUAGCCAGGGUCAAAUUUUGCCAUAUAAACGUCUCAAGGUGGGAUAACCCGCCUAGCCGGGAUCGGAUUCGUGAUAAAUCAAAUUCGUGCAAAAUUCACUUUGGCGGUGGCUUUGCAUCAUUAUUAAAGGUAACAAUAGAAAGCCACAGCAAUGAAGGUUGCAGUAAGAGCAGCAAGUGAGCGUAGAAAAAAAUUAAUCACAAAAAACUUGUUUUACUAGCAUUUUUCUUGUUUACGUGCUAAACGAUCAUUCAAUAAUCUUGAGAAAGCACAACCAGGGAUGGCGGGUUGUAAGAUUGCAUGUAAAGGAGGGUUAUUUUUUCACCCCACCUAAGCAGUUUAUCUCACCUACCUGGGGUUCCCCAUCUUCAUGUAAACAGGGCCUUAGUGUGAACGUAACUUUGUUGCAAGGGUGGCGAAAUGAUAGAAGUACGGCCCCUGCCAUUAUGUGGACUUGGUUUGAGUCUCGGGAAGAGGGAAUGCCUGAGGAUGGAGUUUGUUGAUGUUUGUUUCCCUUUCCGUAAAAGCGGGGUUUCCUCGCUAUAAGCUUUUUUCUGAAUUUCCAUCCUCCGGACGCAACUUGAGACCGUUUCCAAAUGUCAAUUCUAUUGGGAACGAAUACUUUGAAACGAGAGUUUUUCAGUGACGUUGACAGUUGAAAAAAUUUACGUGUAAUUCAGGAAAAAAUUGUACGUCAGAUCUUGGAGUGAAAAAGACUGAAAAAAAUGAAAUACCUCUCAAAGGUCUCUUGAUCUGCUUCGAAUUAUGAUUUAUAAUUACUAGGAAUCACCCAUCCAAGAUCUCAAAAAUGAAAAAAAGGCUUAAACUGGGAGCCAUUGCAAAGUGGAGGUCGUUAUAAUCAAAACACUGACUGAUCGCAGUUUUAUAUUUAGUGAAGAAUAAAAAAAUGUUGAUAACGACCUCCUACUAAAAUGGAUGAAAUAAACGAGAGGUCAGUAGUUGCGGCAACGGGGCCCCAGCCCUCUCGUUAUUUCACUGUCUAAUCCGGCCCGGAGUCAACAAAGGUUACCUCGGGGACCCGUCCAAACAAUGUGAGUGUCAAGUCUGAGGUAAGAAGAAAAGAAAAGAAAGAAAGAAAGGAAAAAAAAAACACGCGGUUACUUCCUGUCUAGUGGUCACGUCCUCCACAAAACGUGAAAUUAGGAAAUUUUGCGUCGUAGUCGUUCAAGGACUGUAAAGAAAUCAGUACAAAAAAGCGUGAUGCACGUGCAAAGUUGUUGUUUAAUAAACCUAAUGCCUUUUUGCCGUUCUCUUUGACAUCGCCGUCGUUGCUAAAGCUCGCUAUUCUGUAAAGAGAGAGAGGAUUCGCAGACAGCAAGAUUUACUUUGGACUUGUCUUUGAGGUAUUGAGCUUAAAAAGCUCUGCGUCAACUGCAAGAGUGAUCAGUAGUUUCUGCAAAAAAAACUUACACUCAUGCUUUCAAUUUUUUUGUUCACGGUGCGGCGUCCCAUGGGCUCCGCUUUUGCGCAUGGUAGUUUGGCAAAAUUAUCUAGAACCUUUCAUUCCAUGAUUAGCAGAAGACAUUUAUGCAAAAUAGUUGAAAUCUUUUGUGCCGCUAAUCCACGGUAAACAAUUUAUGGUUAAUUACUUUGGCUUUAAGGUUCACGAUGAAUGGCAAAUAUAAACCGCUGGAUCGGAGAAUGAUCUCGGUGCAAAACAAAUAACCAAUAAAUUAAAUUUAGAUGUUGGUAAUUUUUCUGACGGCAAGAAACGGAGAUUUCAAGCGCACAACGAUUAUCAUAGGACUGUUCAGUUUAUGUGGAAAUCAAUGUAAUCAUGCAGUGUGAUCGUACAUUGUGACUAUUCAAAUGCAUUCUGAAACAUAAUCAAUGUAUUGCAUAACUUUCACCGGGCGUUCAGCUCAUCACUUUCAAUCGAAACUUUCCUUCCUAGUGAAUAUAAUUUCGUUUUCCUUUCGUUAUCUCGCCGGCUUCUAAAACUAGAAGCAUCUUUUCUCGUUUCUCGUCAAUUACGAAAGCAAGACCCCUUAUCCUCCGCAACAAAAUAAAGAACAAUGAAAACGCCCAUUUCAAUAGCUGGCGUGUCCAAAUUGUAUAUUUUGUCACGCUUGAUAGCUAAGCAGAUGCGCAAAGACUUAAAAAGGCGGCGCGCGGUUUUCUUGAUACGACUUGACGGCGGUGAGGAUUACUCGGGAGCAAACUUUGUCUUUUCAGCGCGGAUCUUACUGUGGCUUAGGAGACAAAAAUGAACGCCUUCUUUUGCUUGUGCAUCUCGCUCCUUCUAACUAUAGGUAGGUCCUCCUAACUAUGUAGGUAUUUUGAAACAGGAUUCUUCUUUAAAUUUUAAAAUGAGAAAUAUGGUCAGACAAGCGUUUCUGGGUUUCUUAAUUGCGAGUGACUGUUUUCUAGUCACUCAAGAUCUCAAAGCGUUUCCAUUUCAAAAAGAAAAUGCUAAUGUAGAGGCUGUAGAAAGGCUUAAUAUAUGGUCCGUCUUCGUAAAAAGACUUUGUUCAACCUGUCCAUUUUCAGUUUAUGUAUACAACGCUACAUUUGACCAUGCAGGUCGGAAUGAGUUCACUGCUUCAAAUUAGUCGACCAAGGUCUGUUCUCUCGACACAAUUGGUUUUCCACGGACUACUUGUGUUUGCUUUGUUAAGCUUGGCCGUCAUCAUUUCGUACGCUGCACUCCGUUUACUGACCUACCGGGUCUUCCAGACUAAAGAGUACAGAGGUUGGGCGUAGACAAAUUAAAAUGCAAAGGUCUCGGGGUAUUGCUUCAUUUCACAUGUUCAUUCUUUUUAAGAUUUCUAAUUUAUCAUCUUGCUAACGAUUUGUGUUUCCAAAGUAUUUCUCCUAAUAAUGCCUCUUUGUCGUUUUAGCAUCUGCUUCAAAUGGCGGAGGAAACAUUACAUUGGAUGUGGAAGCCAGUAAGUAAUUUCAACGCUCGUAUACAGGUUUGCUAUUUAUAUACGUAAACUGCAUAAAAAUCGCCCACAACGUACUAGCUAAGCUUGCAUUUGGAUUGAAGUAUGUUCUAUUCUCAUAACCAAGAACUCGAAUUUGGAUUUUUUAGACUUAUAAAUAGGCAUAAAUUUAUGCUUUUCAUUGUUUUCCACCUCGUGCGUGUGCAAACUAGUUUGCAAACUGAUUGAAAUGCAUACAAAGCUACCCAUGGCCAAGAACCAACAAUCAUACAUUGUUAUCCCUUUGUCUUGGGCCAAGCUUAGAUGGGAAAAGGAGUCUUUGGUGCUCGCAGACAAAGUUUGCUAUCUCAAAAUUUUGACAUAAAGCUGGUCAGAUUUCUUGCAUUGCUUACAUUUUUUUUUCUACAAAACUGCUAAAAGCAGACUAAAAUGCCUCCCUUAUUUGAUUUCCCUUCUACGCUAAUACAAUUAUUUAUUUAUUAUUUAUUUAUCUUUUUUGAAGUCUUGUAGUAGAUUCACUUUUAUCAAAAGCACAGAAACACAGUUAUUGAAGUUUUGCAAGUUAGGGAGUUUAAAAAGCAAUUAAAAGUUUGCAUGCUUUACUCUCCUGGGGUCCAACUGGAAAGGCUGAAAGAAUACUAAAUUAACUGAACUUUAUGAAAAAAAUCGCAAACAAGCUAAUGCAUUCCAAUCACAUUAUGCGAAAUAAUUUAGAAUUAGAACCAGGGCGGUUUCCCACGUACCACGAUGUCUAGAUCACACUAGAAAACACAAUUUGAAAUAAAGAACGCGCUUGAAUAGUAAUUUCCUAGCAUAAGUGCUCUUGAACAAUGCACGUUGACAGUUUCGGCUUAUGAUUAUUUAUAGUUUUCAAAAAUGCUCAAACCCCAUUCAAAUCAAAUAAAGCAUCUGUUUUCUUUGUUUUUUAUGGCAGUCGCUUUUUUAAAAGGCUGAUGUCUGCGAUUCGAAAAAAACAAAUGGUGUCGGAUUUUUUAAAACCGUAUAAGCUAACUUAAGCCAGAACCGACAAGCACCGUCCUUCAUGAACUGGCCAUAAUCUUUUGAACACAAUAAAACUCUUUUGUUCCGCCGAUUAUUGUUCUCGAAAGUUACCGGUAUUGCGACAUUUUGUGAUGAAAUGAAGGCCGACUGGGUUGGUGUUCGCAACGUGUUGUGGACAUUGAGAAAAAACGCAGGACAUAGGCUUUCACCAAAACAAUUCUUCUUUCGUCUCAAAACAGAACCGUGUUUCCACAAGAACUAAACCAAAAAGCUAGUAACGAUUGCAUUGGACUGAAAUAUGGCCAUUAAACAUCGGAUACGUCCUUUUGGCUUGUUUUUUUGAUAUCGCGCUUGCUUUUCCAACCCUGAUUGCUAUGAAUUAGCUCUAGUAGUCUAUUUAAAUUUUUAAUCUCAUUCAGUGAGUAUUUUUGUACACGUAAAAUCCCAGGUUUGAGUGGAAAAAUGAAGGAAAAGUUGAAUGCCAUUAUCGCUAUCUUUUUUAAAAAUCCAUCGUGCUCCUUUGCGGCUUGAUCAGACAAAUUUUUGUCUCUUUGGAAAAAUGCAGUGUCUUUUUAGUGGUUUUGCCUUCAUUCGUUUGAGUUUGAGAAUGGAAACUAGCGCUAAAAGUCUUUUCAUCAUCGAAAUCUGAUUUUUUUAAAAAUAAUUUUUCUCAACUAAGUGAAUGAUUAAAAAAAAUUUUGUUGCUCAAAAAAGUGCAAUACUGAACAUGAGCUUAUUUUCAGUACAAAUCUCUUACCUUUGUUUUCCCAUCCAAACAUGAUAAACAAAAUUAAUGGAAAAUAACGAAAGCAUAUCAGAUUUAUCUGACCACACUUAAAAACCAUUGUUAACUGCAUUUUGUUUUUCUAAAAGAUGAUAUUCCAGAUGGGCAAAACAAAACAAUUCCACGAACGGAAGAUAGAUAAGGUUUUAAACCGGGACACAAUAUCUAAAAAUUAAGGCCGAAAUUAAUUGAAAACGGUUAAGAGCAAAGACCACAAAUAUUCGGUCCUAGGCCAGUAUUUUAGGCGGUUCUUUGAGCUCCCUCUAUAAGGUCUUUCGCCUUAAUUGAGACUAGAACCAUCUUUCUCUCCAUCCAUUAUAAAAAUCACCUAGAUUUCACAAGUAACUUUCGAUUAAAAAAUCAUGCGAGAGGAAGUUAUUGAAAAAUAUUUUGGCAUUUACAUUUCGUUGAAAAAGAUUGGUCGUUAUUGAAACAAAUACAAGAAUCUUUCCAAAGCCAUGCCUGAUUGAAAGCCAGACAGUGGUUGUUCUAUAAACAAAAUCAGAACACGAAUUAUUGGUUUUUAAUUAAUGAUUCCACCCUUCUUUAAUCAACAGUAUGUUCUAGUUGUUAUCAACCGAUCAGAUUUUUAAAACGAGUUCAAAGUCCCCGCCGCCCAGGCAAACUGUCGUGCAUGGUUUCAGUUUGAAAAAAAUUUAUAUGGAAAUUGAUAACAGAGCUCAAGUUACAGGAAAACAUCCACAGAGGCAACCUCGUUACCGGGGUGAGAGGACUCUGGGAGCAAGGUUGCCAUGCAGAGGCUGCAGCAAAUUAAUCAUCUGGUUUCGCGCCCACAUCUUACGUGAUUUCCUAACAACUUCUGAACCAAUUACAAAUCAAGUGAUUAAACUAUGAAUAUGGCAUUAGUGAGAAGCUUCCAAUCAAGUCUGCAAGACGAUGUCGUAGUCUAUUGACGUAUAAAAAAAAUAGAAAAGAAAAGAAAGAAAGAACAUAAAAAAGGAAAAAAUUCAUUUCUUGAGGAUUGAAGCGACUAAAGAAGACUAAUUCUCAGAAAAGAAAAAACUUGAUCGCUGUGCUAGCCAAUCAGAACUCAGGAUUCGCCCUAUUUUGCCUUCUUGCGUAGCCAGUCAUAUAAUAACCUCAGGUAAAAUAAGUUCAUCAUAGACAUAAUAGUACGGUGAUAGUAUGGUGGAUAACAUUCUCGGUUUUGCCGGAUUCACUCUGGUAUGUACGACACCAAGCAUUCGAGCAGUAAACUUUAUUUUAAAAUCGUAUCUGCCAUGUAGAAACCACAGUGGCUGGCGGAAAAAAAUUUAUUUUAACCUGCAUGAGAAUUAACAUCGAGAAAGAGGUCGUGAGUGAAGCUUUUAAAAAACUAUUAUUUUUUGCUACAGUACUUAGAAUAAAAGAAAUAAUGAAUUGUCUCUUUUCGCAUUAAACUUGAAUCAGUUCCCUGUCCAUAGUAGAUGGCAACGUAUAUAGACUUGGGCCAAAUUAUUUUCACUGAACAUUGCACUCUUCGUUUAUAGAAAUUGCAGUUGUUUGCGAGCCUGAUUAUAUCGAAGUAACGUUGAUGACGGCAGAUUAUCCAGGCAUCAUCGUAAACGACUCGUUGCUCCAUCUCGCGGACGCCUCUUGCGUUGCUGGAUACAAAGAUGACGACAUGAUCAAAUUCACUUUUGGACUUGAAGCCUGCGGCACUGAACAAACGUCGGAUGAAAAGAGAAUCUUGUACAACAACAAAAUUUACUUGACUGCUGACGAAGAAUCAGAUGACGAUGCUAUAACUCGCAAGCAUAUGCAAAUCAUUCCUUUCCAGUGCGGCUAUGAUAAGACGUAUACGAUUUCCAAGGUGUCGUAUAGUCCCAGGACCACCAUGGUAAUCACCGAUGCAGGUAAUGUGUGGAGUUUUAGCUUUCUGCACCCAAGGGUUUAUGAAUACAUAUCACUGAUGUCAGUAGCCGGCACAAAAUCUCAGAGAAAACGUAUAAGAACAAGAGAGAAUAAUAUAUGAGGAGAUAGUGAGCCUCAACGUCAAGAGAGAAUCAUGGGACAGGUAGUGAAUCAUGAGGCAUUGGCCGGGAUAUGUGAAUUUCACGAAGGUUCUUUUUUAGAAGUUGUAAUAAAAGUGAAGUCUAAUUAUUACUGAGACGUCUGCACGUUUGAAUUGAAACGUCAUCAGGUCGUUGUGCGACUGCCUUAAAGCAAAGAAUAUUGUAAUGGUGACCUACCAAGAGAGCAUAUAUCCCAUAGUUUUCUCUUGACAACACUACCAAGUUUGCAGCUCUCUCCCGAAACCGAUUUCAAAUUAAUUUCUAGCGUUUAUGUGGUCUAAAAAUAUCUUUGGUGAGUUUCACGUAUCCCAAGGGCUAGAAUAGGAAUUUCCUUCUCUCUCUCAACAUUCAGCUCUCUUGCCCUCAAUUAUCUCUUGUGUCAAACAAUAUUAAGGAAAAAAGUAAUGACAAAUACCUGAAGAAAAUACUACCAGUUCGGCCACUCUCUUAAACACUUACCCUAAAGCAAAUCGAAUAACAGCGGAAGGAACAAGCGUGACGUGGAACAGUCGGUUCUUACAGUAAGAACCAUCUUUUAUAAACAUAAUAACAAUAUAUGCAUUACGGGAUUAAUAUUUUGAGUAGGUUUGAUUUUAGGUUUCGAUUUUUUUUAGUAAGCUUGAUUUGAAAGGGUAGUAACAACCUGUUACUAAUAUAAUCUGUUUUCGUUUCUAGAGGGUUAUGGCAACUUCACAUACGAAAUGUUCAUGUACGAAAGCGAAGAUAUGGAGGACAAAGUCGAGGAAUUUCCAAAAGCGGUUGGUCUGGGUCAACCAAUGUAUUUCGGUUUCCAAGUGACCUCUGCCGAUAGCCAACUGAACGUUUUCCCUGAUGUGUGCAAAGCAACUGCAUCGUCCGAGUUUGAUUCCACCCCAGAUCACCUUAUCAUCGAAAACGCGUAAGUCCUACUUUUUGGCUCAUUAAAAGAAAGAAGAGUUGUAGAAAGUUAACAUAGUUCCACGAUGCUGGCCGGGUUUAGACAACGCCAUCGAUCUUUAUAAAUUUCACUUAAAUAGUCGCUAUUAACUGUACUGAGACUGACUUGAUGAUCAACGGAGUCAACAGCUAAAACUACAACAGUCACACAGAAUAAUCAGGGGCACCCAACAAGAAUAUAUUUCAAAACCACUUAAACAUAGCAUUGUUAAACGUAUUUUAGUAUAUAAACGGUAGAUAUAGGCAUUUUUAUCCCCUAAAAAUUUUUCAUCUGUUCGGAUUUCCUAGCUGAAAGUGUAGUGAUCCGAAAAUUAUAGGGAUCAAAACUUACCUUUUCGAAAAUUUCAGCCAGAAAAAAAGCUCCCGAAAAUUCUAGGUGACCUUUUUAGGGUAAAAAUCCGUUAAAAAUAGGCAAUUCAGACCAUUUUUUUGAUGUUCGAAAAUCCUAGGAGAGGCAGGCAAGCAAGAAAUAUUACAACAAAUGUUCCGAAAAUUCUAGAUCUCAAAUCGUCUUCCGAACGUUGGGUGCCUCUGAAUAAUUUUCAGUUCUAGAAAGAAGUAUCACUCAGUAGCUUUUAUUUGUCAGGGGUAAACUUGAGACUCUCAUCCACCGAAUCAAAAGGGGGAUAUAAUUAAGCAUAGUAAACCGGCCGAGUACGGCAGUAAAGUACUUCUCGGUAGCUUUCACUCGAGUCGGGUCACACUUGGGAAUUUCAUCCGCUGGUUCAAACGUUACAACACUAAUUAUAACGUUAUUCUUUAUACCUGAAUCCGGUUUGUUUCAGUGCAGUUAUCCUCAUAAAAGACCAUUUCUAAAUUCAACUCGAAAAUGUAAUAAAACGCUAUUAUAUUUUUUUCCUCUUAUCCAGUUGUUCAAGGGACAACACUUUGAAGUACACUUACACAAAGGGAGCCUUCCAUAACUUCAGCGUCUCUGCUUUCCGAUUCAAGGAAAACUACGAUGACGUCUAUAUCCAUUGCAAGCUGACUGUCUGCCGCGAAUCGGAUACAGGAUCGCGCUGUGACCGAGGCUGUGAAGCAAGCAGAAGGCGAAGGCGAUCAAUCCAGGAAGAUUUCAGCGCUAACGUACGCAUUGGACCACUGAGCUACAAGAGCAUGGUGGACAAGCAGGAUGGUAUGUGUAAUUGCCUGUUUGCUUCUAGCAGCAAUACCUCCCCACCAGUAAUUGAAAGUACUGAUGCCCAGUAGCUUUUAUUUUCAAUGGAUGGUUGCAUUGCCGGGUUAGCCUGUGCCAGGCUCUCGGUCAGAGUAAAUAAGCGAAAAAAGCGAAAGAGAAGAGGAAGAAAAUAGCCUGCCUUUGACUCUCGUUCCUCGUUCUUUGCUUCGAAAAAGCACGUAAACGCUUGCUACGCAAGCCAGCUUGAACAGCAUAAUAAACAACGUUACAGGAAAGUACUGCUCAGUUAGCUUUCAACUGAAUGGUGAUACCGCAAUGUUCCUUUCAUAAAGUCAAAAUUUGAUCCUUCUUUUACAAUAACAUAGGCACGACCCCAACAAGGCCUGAAAUACCGUUAAAUAUAUUUUGCCGCAAGACCUCAAGCGAACUUAGGUUUCAUUUGUAUGGUCGCAUUAAUAGAGAGCUUUAGAUUCUAAGACAAUUCAGAACAACUACGAGAACGAGAUCUUCUCAAUAAGCAGGAACCAACGUCAUUUUGGCGGGAAAAUGUGGUAGCCGUCGUCAGUCUACUACGAGUGAAUGUCCUGGUGGCGAAAACAAGUUAUCAAAUGUUAGAAAUUUUGCCAUUUAGCUAUCGGGAGAGGCUUUACCUCCUUCAGUGGAAAUAAACGUGUUAACUCUUUUAAGAUGAAAAAAAAAGGUACAAUGAAGCUUUCCGGGAUGUCUAUUUUUAGAGAAUAGGCGAAAAACUUUAAACUUUAAUAAAAAUAUCGUUCUCGUAGUUGCACUCGUCCUCGAAUCUAAAGUUCUCUUUUACCGACAUUGUGUCAACCAUCCUAAAACUCCAUUCAGCCACGUCCCCAGGGCUUUUCCUUUAUAGCAUGGGAGGGGUGGGAGGGGCGGGAACAGGCAUUAUGCCCCGCCAGUUUUCUUAGGUAAGAGCCCUGGAGUCGAGGUUGGCCUCCAUCGUGGUCUCCCAGGUGUUUUCUCAAGUUUAUCUCCUCCCUAACGCACCGUACCCUCCAAGAACCCAAGACUGUGGAUUGUUUUACAUGGGAAGAGUACCUCAAAAUUGGAUUGGGGUUUCCUUCACUGAGCUUAAGUUGAGAAAAGGGCUUUUUGAAUGGAAGCUCUUUUGGUUAGACAGCGUUACGUAAAAGUAAAAAAUAAUGAUUUUUCUCUUUUCUCUUUUUUCCCGUAGUUACACAAGAGGAGAGUAGUGGUGCUGAAGCUAGUAACAGCAUGGUGAUGAUCGUCGCAGUGUUGGUUGGAAUUUUGGGCACCGUUGCUCUCGGGCUCGUUAUCGCUGUAGUCGUCCUGGGCCGUCGUCGUCGCUAUGCUGCCGUAAACAAAGGCGCCCAGCUGAUCGUCGCCGAAGAAAUGUGAACGAGUCAAUGUUCGAGCUUUAAGUUUUUUAUCAGGAUUUUAGUGACACUGCUCUGUUUCAUUAAUCAACAAGCCAACACAGUCAAGGAGUAACUUUCAAAUUCGAUUGAAGUGUACUUUUUUCGCCAUAAGAGCUCGAUCGUUCCUUUCCGUUACUGACUAGGAAGCUGAUCAUUUUACUUUUUUAUUUUUUUUUUUUUAGGAAUUUUGCUCAAUUUAUAAAGAACGAUUUUUACAGGCCGCUAAAACCAAAAAACAGAAGUGGGAAGGGUUGGUAUUGCAUAUCAUUGAGAAAUUAGCCUGCUGAUCAUUGAUGUCUUUGAGGUGUUAACAUCUUACUGGCUUCAAAGAAAUCACAUCACGGUAUCCUUAAAAGGAUAAAGGUGUGCACAUUGUCAUCAUCAUCAUCAUCAUCAUCAUCAUUUUGAGUUUUCUCGUGCACCGCACCUUUUAAGGUUGAACAAAGUUUAUCCCUGUCACCUUAUGUUUGAGCUCCACCUGUCUCAAGAUAACAAGGCAAAGUUUUAUAGCCAUGAAGGUUGCUAUAAGGUUGUGGAUUUGUGUGAAACGAAAAAAAAAGCUGUGGAGCUUUCCAGUUUCAUACCGGUUUCCAGUCGUUCUUUAUUCACUUGAGCAAAAUGAUCUGUUUUUUAAGAACUUUGAACAGUAUGUCAUUCUUUUUACGAUAAUGGGUAAAAAUAAAGGAUGCUCACUGAGCUUUUAAAUGCGCGACAUACUCUCUGAAGGCUGAAAGGUUUAGGAGAUUUCAGUUAAAAAAGUGUGAGAUAUUUUAAAUUCAAAUAUUUCAUUUUGAGAUAUUUCAAACUCUUUGCCCUGCUACCUCUAGGAAACAUUGCUAAAGGAUAGAAACCCAUAACCCGAAGUGAGCAAAACCCAUAAGAGGCCCAUAUUACGGAAUUAGGUUUAUCCUAACCGGCUGAGUCACACGUCUAUUUGAGAGCAAGUGAUAAGAAAGUUAUAAUUCAAGAGUCAAUCUAUUGGGAGAACGCCUAUUGGCUGACUGAAACAUAUCUCCGGUGUAGUUGUCCAUCUUCAAUCGGGUGCAUACUCAUAUCCGGUCCUUCAUUACUUGUAAACUGCACCAUAAACAGUCUGACAAAAGUAUCCCAACCUGUAUUUUCUGAACGCACUCUCACGGUUUUCCUCCUCACGAUGACUUCCCGGUCUGCGGCAGGAAGUAGGAACCAUUAGCGCGCUACAGCCCAUCGAUACUGGGGGAGCAGGGAUGGCGCAGUGGUGAGCGCACUCGCCUUCCACCAAUGUGACCCGGGUUCGAUCCCCGGACUCGACGUCAUAUGUGGGUUGAGUUUGUUGUUGGUUCUCUUCUCUUCUCGGAGAGGUUUUUCUCCGGGUACUCCGGUUUUCCCCUCUCCGCAAAAACCAACAUUUCUAAAUUCCAAUUCGAUCCGGAAUGCCCGAGCGUUUAAUACAUGAGCCCCGGGCUCGGGAGAUUGGACAACCACUCCUCACGCUAUCGAGCUUAAAUAAAAUUAAUUUAAUUUAAUUUAAUUUAUACUGACCUUGAUACCUAUCAACAUACCGUUUUAAAACCUUCGGGCGCCCGGUCAUGUUAAACUUGCCGAUCUUACAUAAGGUCGUAGGACAGGUUUGAUUUUUUGUUAGUUUAAUUUCUUGUUUGACGUAUAACCGAUAACCCGGGGUGAACAUCUCCCAUACAAGGCCAGGCCUCUGGGUUGAAGUUUUCACGAACCAGUUAAUUUUUAGAUACAUUUUAGAGCUCUUUUUCGCGCGAAAAUGGAAGCUGUACUCCGUCUAUGAGCGCAUUUAAAGUAUAAAGUAUGGAAAAGGAAAACUAAAUGUAUUUGAAAGUGCAAAAAUACGUUUCUCAGGUCUUUGACUGGUUUGUGGGACAAAAUAAUGGCGAUACUCUUUAUUCGUACCAUAAUCUUUCUCGAAAUAAUCGAGUUGGUUAAAACGCCUUGAGACGAGAACAUGGAAGUUGCUCUGUCCGUGUUAUGAGCUUCUGGUUUGAUCUAUCAAUAGCUACGGUAUAUGUUUAAUUGAGGUCGCGGAUAAUCUGUUACUGGUAAUUUGCUAUAUUCUUUUAUAGCAAAGUAGACUCAUUCACUUGUUUGAUGCCAUUAUCAUUUGCACCAACUGAGAAAACUCAGUUUUCGUUUUGUUUUGUUUUUGUUUCGAUUUUAUCGUUGAUAUUGAACAGUUGUUGCUUUCUGCGGUACUAUUUAUUAUGCUUCAUAAUGUGCCGUUAAUGGAAUUGUGGUUAGCUGGGCUGUAAAUGAAAUCCACGUAAAAAGCGUAGACUUACGAAAUAGAAGCCGGUCAGAAAACUGCAAUACAUAAAUGGCAAACAGCAUUUUCGUUUACGGUUUGGCCACGUGGAGUCUAGACUUGUUUAUAAACACGAAUGUUACAGUUUAUAUUCCACGUGGCUCUCCUCCAAUCACCUCCAAGUGGGAGCCAACGUCAUUUCUACAUACAAAUUAGUCUUGCAUUUCACCAUAGUUAUUACAGGAGACUGGUUAUGAAAAGCGGCGAACAUCAAUGAUAAAAACAACACUGCUGCAGUUUAUGUUGGAAGUACCGUGAAAGUGCACAAGGAAUAAAUCAAUGCAACGUUUUUAUUGGUCAAUACAAUCAAAAUGAUAGGAAUUCUUUUGAACGUUGUGCACUUUCAGGUCCACAAAAACAUAAAACAAAGGAGUCUGACGGGUUUCAUAACCAUUCCACUCAAUUAACUAUGAUUUCACUAACAACAUAAAAAACCUCACGUACAAAAACGCGUAUAUAUAAAACGAGUUAACUUCACAUUCUCAUGGUCGUUUUCUCUACUAUGCACGCUAGUAUUUAAAGAAAAAAAAAUCACCGGAAAUGUCUUGAAUAAUGUUAUUGCGCUGUUAUAUUAGUUACUGGUCCUUAAUGUCGGCGACUCCCUCUAGCAAGCGAAGAGAAAGAGAGAGAGAUGGGAGUAGGGCGCUUAAGCAAAGCGGACGUUUUUAAUCAACGGACGGCAGCCGGAAGUGAUGUUUUUGCACUCUUAGACGGUUGCUUAGUCUAACGUUUUCAAAAAAGAGAGUAAAGAUACUCAGCAAAACAAAUUUGAUAGCUUGGUUUCACACUAUAUUAAAAGGUAAAAUGCCCCCGCCCUCUGGGUGACGUGCGUCCAUCAAAAAAGUCUUUUCUUUAAAGGAGGUGUGUCACGAAAUUUAUCAAAAUUCAUACAGUAAGAGCUGCCACCAAACUGGGUAGAGCAUCGAAACAACGGCUCAAAGCAUGUAAAGAAGGUAUAAACAACGCAGCGAUGGCUCGGGUGGACAAACUAGGGACUGCAAUUGCCCUUUUUGAAAACUUGUUAGCCUAACAGUUUUUCAAAUUUCAUUUUUGCUGUUUGUAACAUCUUAGAGUGCAAAACAGUCCGUAUUUUUGCGUGUUCAAGUAAGCGCGAGCAGUCAAACAAAAGGUCUGAAACGAGGCUGAAAACGGAGAGUGAGACUGGGGAGAGACGCUACGGGCGUGUGAGGCUCGCGCGCGCGCUUCGCGCGCGUAAGACUCGUACGCCACGCUUUACCGAUUUCUUUGCUGAUGUUGAGAAAAAAACCGACUGUUUUGAAGUCUAGUAACAUCUAAUAUAAUGCUUUAGGCUGGAGAUACUUUUUGUUACCAAUUUGUGGUUUUGUCUUUUACAAGUAAAUGUUUUGGUUGUUUCAAGUUCCUGAGCAAAUAAAGACGCGUAAAUAUUAACCCAAUGAACUAGACAGGCAUGACGCGGCCACUCCCCUUUAGCGAAGUCUUUACUAUCACUAAGUUGAGGUAGAGAACAUUUUUUAACCAUUCCAUUGUUGUCUGAAACAAUUUGAAAGAUAAAAUCUAAAUGUGGCAUGCCAAAAUAUAUAUAUACAUAAACUUCAUUUUGAGUUAAGCCGCCCUAUAAAAUUCACCGUCCCUUUCUACAAAAUCACGUGGAUCAUCCAUGGAGUAAUUCAAAUCAAGAGAGAACGAACUCUCGAGAAUGAGCUCUUGUUCUUUGUAAAAUAGGUCGCAUUAAUUAGUUGUAGGAUCUUACCUUGGUGGAACGACAAGAUUUAUCCCACCUAGCAACAAAUAAAACUGAUGAUGUCAGGCAGUUUGCGAUGUAAGCUAGAUUCUUCUGAUGAUAUCGAAAGCGCGGUAACCUCAAUAGAAAGUGUGUUAUAAGUUCUUCAGAAAACGUUUGUUUCUGUGUGUCAGUAAAAUGCAAAGCAAUUUGACACUGCUUGUUCUACGCUAAACUGGAGUCCUGAAGUCCGAAAAAUGUGACUUUGUGUCAGGAUAUAUUCUGUGGUGAUAAGUAGUUUCUCUUUUUCAUUCUCCACAGAAUUAACUCGUAGAUUGGAUCGCAACUGUCAUGUCUUACGUAUACAUUUUCACGGUGAACACAGAUGGACAGCAAAGAAACAGUGCGUAAAAAUAUAGGAUAUGUUGACAUUCUUAUAAAUCAAAACUUUGUGAAAAAACCUUUCCUUAUUAGGUGGUAAUGUGUGGUAAAAGGAUCUUUUAGCACAAAACAAUAGUAAGAGGCGCAACCAAAUAGGCUCUUUUCACUGCGACACAUAAUUCAUUGAUUAAAAACCAAGCUAGAACACAGUUUUACGCUAAACAAAGCAGAAUUAAGCAGUUUAUUUGUAUGCUUCACGCAAUGACUUUUCAAGUGGAGAGAAUAUAUGCACUGUUAUUCAAAUGGCCAGUGGUCACACUGUUUGAGUUGAUGCCAUCCUGCGGUCUGUUUACAAUUGGGUUAAAUUUACAGGUGUGCCUCGUGUUUAAUGACAACUAGAAUUUUCGUCAUUUACCUACAUUUAGCCCUGAGAUCAAACAAAACCGCGGCGAACUGCUUCUGACAAGAACGGCGCACUGGGUUCGUUGCGGAAGCCGCCGCUCUUAUCAGUACAGUUGUGGAAUUUCAUCAGACCAUGCCAUGCGGUAUUUUGCAUCUGGAUAUGACAAGCAGAAAUGAAUUUGCUGCAGUUUUUGAAGUUAUUUCCUUUGACUGUUAUUUUCGCAUCUUUCCCCGCAACGAUAGACGCAAAUAUUAAAGGUAUGUUAUGCUGAAUGUUGUGAUCAAACAAUCUAUAACACUAGACCCAAACAAGUUUAGCACUAGUCAGUUUUGACUAGUGUUGCAAGCAGGCAACGAUUGAUCGAGAAAACCAAAAAUCAAAAAAGGCAAUCUCCUAGCUUUUACGAUACUUUUUUUGUCGCAUAUUUUAUUGGUUUUACGCGGAUUUUACUCUUCAUAACACUUUCAAGAUUUUUUUCCUGUCGUGUGCAACAUUUCGCCCACAGAAAUAAUUAAUUUCGAUCUAUAUUGACCAUGACUGGCGACUUCAUUCUGUUCAUUAUUUGGCGUUGCACGCGGUUGAUUCUGCAUGAAUAAAACUGACUAUGAAUAAUCUCAUAUCAGAUACCAUUUGUAUAUUUGAAUCGAAUGAGUGCCCAAGUAUCAAAUAUUGUAUUUCUAAUUCUAAAAGAAGCAGAUUUUUUCAUUGUCUUAACUUAUUCAUUCACUGCCUCUACUUAAAAUUCUCAAAUUAAAUAGUGGCUGCUUCUUAAUGAUCGCCGGUGUUUUGCACAAAGCUCAGUUAGUCAACAGAUGAGAAAGGUACAGACUGUUCAUAAUCGCCUUAUUUGCAAAAGAAUGGCCCCCUAGUUUAGAGGAUCUCAGUUUGGAAACAACUUGCAAUUUGUUUAUAGUUCGCGUGAUUGAAAUUCUUUAUUUAGCUAUACAUACAAUUAAUUUGCAUUUCUGUACACGACCAGGGAUUGUUUAUUAAAUACAUUUCAGUUUCAAUUAGUGCUUCAUCUGCUCAGUUUCCGCGGUAUAUAUGUACACAGAUUUGGCAUCAUCGUUUUGGUAGAUCUAAAGCUCCUAAAUUAUAGGCGAUUGGCGCACUAAGGAAGUUUUGUUGGCACAACAUGUACAGGGAAACAUGGUUAUCAAGCGGGGGACGGAUACAUUUCUUUUUAAAACUAUGGGCGCUUUUAAAUGGGAAAUCCUGAUUUUAGUAAAACUAUCCAGUAAAUCCAAAGACAGAAUUCGUCAAACAGAAUAGCUUCCUGCAAUUCGAAAUUCGAUUGGGAAAACAGAAGCUCCCUAGAGUUUACACAGCUGAGUCAACAACCACUGCUAUGGAAUUUGGCUCUAUAUUUGAGUUUGUAUCGUGUAUUUAAGCAAAUGGUUAUCGAGUCAUGAUUGUGGACAGUUGUACAAAAAAUGGUGUCGGUACUGUUUACAUCAAUCCAAAAUGGCGCAUCCAAAAAUAGUGGUACUAAACAUAAUGACGUCACUUGACAAGAAAAGAUGCGACAAUUAAUAGGCUUAUGAAUGACCAUCUUGAUAUGACAAAUAACUAAGAUAAGUUGUGUAUCAAAGUUCUAUGUUGCAUUUAUGCUUGGUCUGAAAAAUAGCGAGGUUUUUUUAUUUACUAGUAAGAUCAAGGCAGAUUGCAUGCAAGGAGGCGAUCAAACUCGCGCUUAAUGACUUACAACUAGUUAUAACCAAAAGUUAGGGAUUGUUGGCGAGAUCGAUUGAAAGUCAAAAACGGCGCCCUUGCUCCAACGCUGUUUUUUGCCUAAUGUUUCACGUGAUAGAAGGUUUAAACGCGCGUGAUCAGAUUGCGCUCUAUGCAUUCCAAUCAUUCCUAGUGGAAGUCCAAACAAACGCUGACUACACACGUACACAUGCUGCGCAUGCCUAAAAACAACCUGGAGAUUGGCUUACGGGCUCUUCUCGUCGCCCGCAAAAAUGAUGGUUUAGAGGAUUCCUAAGCUUGAUUUCGAUUUUGUAUUUUAGCUUGCUCUCCAUCGAAUACCAACAUUGAAAUUGACGCCCAGCUUCCUGGAGAAAUUUCAACGCCUGCUUUCCCAAAUGGCUAUUCUGGGGGUUCGUGCAUUUGGAAGAUUCAGGCGCCAGUCAAUUUUCGUCUGGCAAUCACCAUCGAAGUCCUACAGUUCAAGAAAUGGGACGACUACCUUGUGAUACGAGAUGGUGAUGGCUCCUCAAGUCCCUUGAUUGGCAAAUAUGGCCCUUGUGCCAGCGGUUCUGUUACUUUGUUCUCGAGUGGGAGAUCAGCUUUUUUACAAACGGUGUCUACUGUUUUCAGUUCAAGUGAUAAACUUAGCAUCUCGUAUAGGGCCAUUGAUCCAGGUAAGACUGAGCUACAAUAUAUGUUUUGAAAGAAAAACGCAAACAUGGUUGAUUUAUGGUUUGUUCACGCAUUUCACAAUCAUUGCAUAUUUUGAACUGAAGUCGCCUCGUACCCUAUCGUCACCACUAUCAUCAUCAUCAUCAUCAUCAUCAUCAUCAUCAUCAUCAUCAUCAUUACAACAUGAUCAUCAUUUUUGGCAAUAUUGUCUUGAACAUCGUUACGGCCGUUGUUAUCAGUCUGCUUUUGAGUGUAAUUAUCUGAUGAGAAAGAAAAGAAUAUGCCUUGGGGAGAAAAGAAAUCGUAAAAUGCUAACAAACAUUUUAUAGUAUGUUCAGAAACGAAAGCUGCCAGCUGCCUCAGUUUGCUAUUUUUAUUUUCCCUUUUUCAAUGAGUUUUGGACAUUCCACUAUAACGCAUACUGUCAACUUCAUCAUUACCAUUCUUAUUAUUGCUGCGAUGAAUUUCAUUUUAUCAUAAUACCAUCCAAUGUUACACCUCACAGUAUCAGCCGAAUUCUAAGCCGGAAGUUGCCAAAGUUAAACUACCUUUUAAAUUUUCUACAGAUGAUAUUGACUGCUCAAGCCAGGCGGAAAAUCCACCAAGUAAGUAGAUAACUCUUUUUACUGAUAAAUUAUCCGCUCUAUUUUGAAUUGCUUAAUCGGUGUCGAUCAAUCAUAUAUUGGAUUCCCAGCUUGUAAAGUGUUACUAUCAUGUAUCAUUUUUACCAGCAAGUUGUCACGAUCUUUUUGCCGCGCCUCUUUCUACAUUCUAAAUCCGAAGAUGAUUAGAUAAAGGGAGAAAAUUGAAUUUGACAAUGUCAUCAACGAAAAUGUCUUCAGUAAUGUUUACGACAUAAAAUGAUGGAGCCCCAAAAACUUAUUUUCAAAUUCAAAACAUUGAAAAUCCAAGUGUGUGACAGGUACACCAGAACUACCAGAUGAGUUAAUUUGGAUGUUUAUUAAUCGAAAUAAGUUGAGACUUUUUCUUAAUUUUCAGAUUACUGCAGCGAAAACACUAAGCUAAAGGAAGUAGCUGGAGUCCUGUCCAGUCCCAAUUUUCCCAACAACUAUGACGCGGGCGAGUACUGUUUGUGGGAAAUAUCUGCCCCACAGGGGUACCGUAUACAGGCUGAAGUUCGUUGGUUUGGCGUCGAGGAUCAUCGAUACUCUCGUCCAGGGCGCUGUGAAGAUGAUUAUCUCGUAAUAACUGAGUACCUUGGUAACACUUCUGACGACAAUAUUGUGGCACGGCUGUGCGGAUGCAAGGAGACCUAUACCUACAUUUCUCCAAAGGAAAAGAUGUGGUUUUCGUUUACCUCGUAUAAAAAAGCCAACUGGCCUGGCUUCUAUGUGAGCUACCAAGUUCUCGGUGAGUAUACACUAGCGGUAAGUUAUUAUAGUGCGACUACUAGAACCGGGGCAUUUAAAAGAAGAUUAUCCAAUCACAACGUUGUUUUGAAAGCAAAAGAUUCUCAAGUUUUGUUUUUUGGAAUCAGCGCAACCUAUACCUAGUUAGUCAGCUAACGUUGACCAAAUUUGGAAGACGUUUGCCAAUAUUAUAGAACAAUUGGCGUCAAUUGUACAGAUAUCGAUAGAAAAAGGGACAGAGGAAAGAAGAAGGCGCGGUAGGUCAGCUGUUUUUGCAGGCAGAGGUAGAGAAAAUGAUGUAGGAUUUUACAGGUCAUGUGAAGAUGAAAAAGCUGAUCUACUGCCUAAAAAUAGUGCAAGAGAAAGACGCAAGUGCUGAAAUUCGUUGUUUUGUUUUUGUAGAAGUAUAGUUAGUAGUUAGUAGUUAAAUUUGUGUGAAUUUUUUGAGAAAUUAAUCUAAAAUUGUGGAAAAGCCCUUCAGAAGCAUAGGAAAAAUGUAAGAAAUUAAGAAAGGAAAGUUUUCACUGAAUUUAUAGAUGUGAUGCUAUCAUUGUAGCUCCUGAGGAAUGUCCGGCAGAUAAGACCAAUUGCUCACUGAAGACUAUGGCUCCAGUAGGUUUUAACGCACAAGGGCAAGUCUGCAGUUUUCCAGGUACUGAUUUAGCCACUUUCUAUUAAUAACGAUAAGCCUUAUCUUUAUUUUUAUGAUUAAUUAUAUGUUGACACUAGUGCUCUAGCCCAAGUUUUGUGUUUAAUUUAUUCUGGUGCAAUAAAAACUUCAAAAUAAUGGGGAUUGUACCAUAAAUGUUACCUCGAUCAAAUUAAUGUCUUGCAAAGUAUAUUCAUUCCAAAUUGUUUCUUUGAAAAUGAUUAUAUUUCACAUUCACAUGUUCUCAAAAAGAGAAUUCCAAACUGUGGGUUCGAAAUUCCUUGUGAUUGUUAGAUAAGCUCAUGUCCCAAAAAUCAAAGUUAAAGGCGUAUGUAUCCAAGAAAAAUAGAUCAGAGUAGAAAAACUAGUAACAAGACAAUCAAAUUACCUGGUCGCAUGAUCGACUACGCGACCACUUGCUACAUGUGUAACUUCAUUUUCCCUGCAUGAAAACAUUGACCAUACAAUUGGUGUCUACAAAAUAAGCUAGAAAUGGGUCGAACCGUCAUAAUGUUAAAUGCAAACAGAACGAUGUAAAAUGGUAUUAGUUUACUGGUGCCAGUCCCCUCUAAUAAACACUUUGGAUAGGGAAAAGACAACUUCUUUAAUGAAAACUAUUAGUAGCCAUUUUUGAAAUUCACAGAGGAAAAGAAUUUCGCUCCCUUGAACUGGUGGGAGUCUAGUCGAAUAAGCGCCGGUCUGCUGAGCGGAAGGCCGCUGGUUCAAGUCCCGGCCGGACCAACACUCGGGGUCUUUAAAUAAUAACUGACGAGAAAGUGCUGCCUUUGUAAAGACAUCUGCAAACGGUUAGACUUUCUAGUCUUCUCGGAUAGGGACGAUAAACCGUAGGCCCCGUCUCACAACCCUUGCAUAUAUAAAUUGUGUGGGACGUUAAAGAACCCACACACUGUUCGUAAAGAGCAGGGGACGUAGGGCCCUGUGUGGUGGUCUAUCUCUCAUGGGGGGAAGGGACUGUUACGGGCCCGCAGUGAUUGGCGUCAUGCUGUGCGGUGACCUGCCAACAAUUGGCGAAUCUAAUAAAAUGAACAAAAUAAAUAAAAUAGGGCGUGGCCGGGCACAAGAUGCGGGUUUAAACACUUUCCUGAAUAAAAAUUGAGGCCAAGAAACUUGGUUUUAAUUAACCUUAAACUGGUACUUGACUGUAAAAUACAACUUGAAAACAUCAACAACUUUAUUAACAGCCAAGAAAUACAUAACACAAACACACUUGCUACAUUUAGCAAAACCUAUUAGAGGCAGGCAGUGUGUGGAUGCUACGUACAUGAACUGAUACAUCGUAGGACACUUUACAUGGAAAUAAAAGAUAUUUACAACUGGGCAAGCUUGGGCAAAAAAGAGAUAACUAGGCCCUCUUCUGAAUCUACUUGUGUUUUGAGAAACGUUUUGGAAUUUCUUUAGGCCUGUGAAAUUCUGGAAGUCGUGCUCAGGGAAAUUCAUAGCAAGUGCCGAAAAUUUCCAGAAAUUACCCGGAAUUUCUGAAAGUUUAGAAGUGGUCCUUGGAAUUUUGCCAAACUCGAAAAGCCCAGGGUAAUUUCCGCCCCUUCUUCUGUUCAAGGAAAAAAAAAUACUUCAUGAUCAUUCCCUAUCGUUUUAAAUUAAAUAAUUUUUUUUUAAAAAUUUCAAAAGAAAAAUGGCAACUUUCUGGUGUUUGAGAAACCACUUGCCUUUCACUUUCAGAAUCAGGGAUAGACGAUGUGUUUCGAAAUACAAAACUCUUCUCUGUUGCUCUGUUGAAAAAUAGCGUUUCUUCUUAGUAUUUUAGCUUGGUCCAAUUUUUUGUAUUUCACAUGAUCGUUAUUCCAAAGAAUAUUAAGUACGGGAAUUGUCUUGCAUUUUACAUUUUAGCCCCUCCAUCUACAACCAGUGCCCAGGUGAUGACAUCUUCAGCAGUACCGUCCUUGCCCCCAAGUUCUGAUACAUCUUUGCCGAAGAAAAGCACUCUUGCUGUACAGGAAAUCGCCUCAGCAAUAUCUUAUUCAGAAAGUUCUCUGACUGGAAGUUAUAUGCCGCAGUCGUCAGCCAAGGCUAGCAGUGAAGCUGAAAAAGCAAGUAAACUGGAGGAUAAAACCACGGAAGCGCUGUCGCUAGUAUCAGGCUCUACUGAGUCUGCUAACGAAGCAAAACUUUCCGCACUUAAAACAAGAACGUUAAUAACAUCGCCUCCAACACAUCGUGGCUUGAUCUCUGACGCAAAAUCUUCCAAAAAUGUUGAAAGCACGAGGAGGCUUUUUAUGACUUCUAGGACUUCUUCAACCGAAAGGUCAUCUUCUAUAGAGGUUGCAGGUCCACAAAAAACAACUGUAGUGAUUAGUCCCUCACCCGUAGCCACUUCAACCUUAACAAUGAGAGAUCGAGAUCAAGACAGUACCAUAACAUCUAGCUUGUUACGUAUAAGUGAAGAUACCUUCGCAACAACGAAAGCUAAUUUCCGAUCCAAUCACACAGAGAUUCUUGAUCAUGCCACAAACUCUGUUAAAUCGACGCAAACGGUAACUGGUAUUUCAGGAGCAUCUGUUGUGCAUGUGAAAGAAAGCGACACUGACGCCCCGGCAGUUGCUCAAUUAAAAAAUUCAAGAAGCUCCUUAUUCUCUGCCGAAUCAAUUAAAAUGAAAGGAUCAACAAUGGCCAGCUACACGACUGAAAAUAUUAAACCGAGUGUUUCUGGUGAAACGAAGGCUUCUAGGACGACGGACCGUAAGUAUACUAUGACGCCUGGAGAAACCAUGGUCGAAUGGCUGCCAUCUACAACUGUCCAUCAGAGUAGUAUCAGAGGUACAGAACCUGUUCUAAAGACGACCUCACUGGCUGGACCUCUAAGCGUGGUUUCUCAUCACAGUGACUACGUGAGCUCUGCGAGUCAAAGAAUCAUCAUUCAACCAAGCGAAACAAGUGAGGAGUCAGAGGACACUCCGCACGCAACGUCGGUUAUUGUAACACAAAAACCACCAGCUAACACAACAGAUGUCCUUUUCAUCGAAGGUGCGCCUGAAGGUAAGGAAAACCCUGUUUUUUUUGCUGAUUACAGGCACAAAUGUUUUUUCGCCCAAUGUAAUAGAAUCCGGGACAUUUUUGCUCGUGAAUUCCGGAAUCCUGCAACUUUUCUUGUGGAAUUCGGAAUCCUGGGCUUUGGAAUCCCGAACACCGCUCAAGGAAUCCGGUGCGGAUUCCUUUAACUAUUGAAAUCCGGAAUCCAUGCUCCACUGACAAAGAAUACCGGAUGCCGGGAUACACGUCGUGAAAUCGAGAGUCGAAGUCAGAAUGUCUUGGAAUCCCUUACAUGGGGUGAUUUUUUUUCAGAAUCAAUUCAUCCAACAGCUGAAAACGCUUACAAACCGUGAAUUGCUGCCAUUUAAAACUAAGAUUAUAAUUUGUUAUUUACCAGCUGGACAUAAGUUUGCUGGAUAAACUUAGACCCAACUGAGUCGCGUCAUCUCUGUACGUAUCACUUGCUACAAGUAAGGGCUUCCCAUUAUAUUAGCCCAAAUAAGGUCAUAAAGUCUCGACGUUGGGGUGGUGGUAGGGUUGUCCUGCAAUUACUGCGCACAGAGUUGCACUUACAUUUUAAAAGGAGCAAUAAGAAUAAGCGUAAGAGAGACAAAACAAUCAAUCUUGGCAAUUUUAGUCUUAGAUGCUACGAUAUGUUUGGUCCUUACCAUUUACACAAACCACCCGGUUGGAAAUCUUGUGCAUAAUCAUAAAAUUGUUAUACUGACGUGAUGGGAGAACGACCCGCUACAAAGUGUAUUCAAAUAAAUUGAACAGACUGAGAAGAGCAGAAAACUUGCAACUCUUCAAGUUACAGCCCAUAUUUUCUGAAGUUUCCCAAACGGAAUAGUCUCUCCACAGCCGUUCUUUGUGUCGUAACGCACCGCAUUCAAUCCCUGUAUUAAAGUAGUUACUCUGACUCAUAACUUGACUUAAUAUCUGGACACACGAAGACAAUGCAAUCAACUGAUCACUGAUAGAUUGAAUGUAAUCACCGCUUGGUAAGGCUUGACUCAACCACGAAUUCAGUGGGUUUCGAUUUCAAGGAAAAACAUUCUUCUCAUGUUUGUGAAACCUGGCCAGCAGGUUCCCUUCCUCGUUUGCAUUCAUUUGAUGAGCUUAACUAUUUUAAGUCGGAGUCACGUGACUCACACUUACCUUGUAGCUGUCAAAAUGUUUCACUGAAAAUGGGAAAUACUUAAACAAACUGUAUUCGCCUUAUUUCUUCGUUUUUCUAUGGCUCCUAGUAGGGGUUUUUGGCUGCCGCCUUUUAGUCAUGUCAAUGUGUUAUCUAAAACCGUCAGUUGAGUAAUACAGGUCGCCUGACUUAACAAAUGUACUGAUAACGCAUAGAACGAAUUCCGCGUUAAAAGGGGGAGCCCUGUUGAGAACGGUCUUAAGGCUACUUUAACAUCGCAAAGUUUCCAAUUUUGAAUUUGCAAUGUACCCCAUUUGAAGGAGCACGUUUUGCAACGUCAUCAGGGGCAGGAAAUCACGUAAUUGUAUAUGACACUUUUAUUCCAUCAAACACGUCAAAUGUUAAUUCUUCUCAGUUUCACGACUGAAACGACCUUAUUCUUACGAGCUGCAUGCGUGAUGUCUUAAAACUCUACUGGGUUUCUCUAUAUUGAAAACCCAAGCCUUGACAAGAAUGCCUGAAAUAAAGACUGAGGAAGUAAACUAGGACACCCGUUACUAAAAACUCUUUUUGUACCGACAGGAAUAUCAGUCAAAUGCACUCAUUAUGCAAUCGAAGUAAUAAUAUCAAGAAUCCAACAGCCCAAAUUGGACAUCUCCACAGUCCAUCUCCAAGACCCUUUGUGUAAGGUCACCUCCUCUAAUGCUACGCAUGCUCUCUUAACGUCACCGCUGGAAAGUUGUGAUACUGAGCAAAGGAUGUCAAAGUUCUACUUUAUAUACUCGAACAGCUUGAUGGGAGAUACACGGUUUGGCGAGACCGCUAAAAUUACCAGGGAUGGCCGACUCAAGUUCGAGUUCCAGUGUCUAUAUAGACGGAUUCAUGUCCUCUCAAUUGUUUCAUAUUCACCGAGGCGAAAAGAUGCGCAAACGGAUGGUAAGUUGUAAUAUGAUCAAAGUUUUUAAAGUUGAAUUUCAGUUAGAAUUAAGUGGGUUGAAAAAAAUCGGCUCAAAUUGGCCGAUAACUACUAAAGAUAAACUUUUAAUAAUAACCAGACACCCAAGGGCAUGAAAAUUUAAACUCUUUUACCUGCCCUUAGCUCCCUGGUAUUUUUAUUGGCAUUCUGAUUAUUUCAACAGAAUAUGCUUUUAUAUUUCAGGCGAUGGCGUAGGUAAUUUUUCCUUUGGAAUGGACUUGUAUGAAGAUUCUAAGUACGAUGUAGUGGUGAGCCAGUACCCUUUCAAUGUAUAUCCGGGCCAAAGAAUAUUUUUAAAGGUUGAUGUUAAAUCAAACGACCGAGAGCUGGUAACCUUUCUCGAUGAAUGCUGGGCGACACCUUCAACUAAUCCACGUGAUCAGACGAGAUAUACAAUAAUUGAAAAAGGGUUAGUAUAAGAAAAACAAAUUCCCAGUUACGAACAGCUAGUACAAAAACAAAAACAACAGAUCUGCUUCGGAGUAAAGGUAGCAAUUUAACCCUUUAAGCCUCAGUAUCGACAUACAAAUUCUCCAAACUGAUCUCUAUAUAUUUCCUUAAAGAAUUAGUUGAGAGAAUUUGAUAAUAGAUCAAGGCAUUUUCUCUUGGGUGAUCAUUUUAUUUAUUCUCAUAACGUAUCUCUUGACAUUGUAUGGAUAUUGCUAGGAGAAAAUUGAUCUUGGCCACUAUUGGGACUUAAAGGGUUAAUGAUGUGAAUGGUGCGCUCAACAAUUGAGGAAAUACAAAACCCCACCGGACGAAACAAUGGAUUAGCUGAAAUUUGCUCCUUGCAAGUAUGUCGCAAAUUUGUAAAAAAAAAAACGAGGAGUAAAUAUGGUGCGAAGAUGGCAAAUACCCCAUUUGCUUACCAAAAAAUUAAAGCAGGGUGUGUAUCACUUACCAGUAACUAAGCAAAUGCGGUAAUUACCAUCUUUGCCCCAGAUUUACUCCUCCGUUUUUACAAAUUUGCGACAUAUUUGUGAGUAGCAAACUUGUGCGAAUCUUUUUUUCGUCCAGUGACCUGAAAAGCCAUCUGACUUCAAUAACUGCUGUAAUCUGCGCGCAGACGUAAUCUAACCCCGUAAUUUAAUGUCAGCCGAAGCAGUGCUGAGAUCCUUGGAAUUCCUUUCAUCCUGAUUGGCCAAUCGAAUAAUGCCUCUUUUAACUGGCAACCAUGGCACAUAUUCAAAUCUUGGUACACAGCUGGGGGCUGGAAGAUGCAGAUUUUUACAGACUAGUUUACUUUUAGAUCGAUUCUUCAGCAAAUUUUGAAUAUCGAAUAAGUCUUAAAAAUCACAGUAAUCAAACAUCGGCGACCAGAAAGUAAUAUUUCUGAUAUUUUGAUAGCCUUAAAAUCAUCAUACUAUUGAUGCUCUCGAACACGUAACGCCGCUUCCAUUCUGUGAGGAAAAGUGCUCCCAACGAUGCUUAAAAUAGCUUGAUCCGUGAAAAUGCCAUUGCAUAGGCUAAGUCAGGGAGUUGCACGCUCGGGUUAUGAGGUCCUCUUACUACACAAUCUUGGUGGCAGAAGGGUUAUUAACAUAUGUUUUUAAUUAAUUUAUUUUUAGUUGCCCACGUGACCCUACCAUUGUAUACAACUACGAAAAGUCAGCGAUACAAAAGUUUAGCAUGAAAGCUUUCAAAUUCCGUCGCUUUCCAACAUCUCGAGUUUAUGUUCACUGCAAUGUUGAGACAUGCAGGAGGGCGGACACAGAUUCAGUGUGUGAAACGGGCUGUGUGGAAAACGGGAGACGCAGAAGAGAAAACAAACCAUAUAUUAUGGACAAAGAAUUAUUUUUAUCGCUAGGACCUGUUAAAUUACAACAGAAAAAGCCUGGUAAGUAGGUUAAGAUAUAUGUUUAACAAUAUUCUUCAUUUCCACGUCUCUCAUUAUACACCUCCCCCCCCCCCCCGCCUCAGACUUUUACAUAGGUUGAUACCAUGCAACAGUUGAAAACUUAAAAACCGUUUGAACUUAUCUGACCUCUUAGGAAACACCUUGUUGAUUUGAUGAAUGUCAUUGGUUCGUUUGUCAAAAAAAUUUAGAAUAUUUUGUUCUCAGAAAACUUUAUGAUUGGACAAUCUUGCUUCAAGUGUCCCGGUUUGAGUGUUCACUCUGUAAUUUCUGCUAGCCUUAAAAGACGUUUAACCUUUCUCUGACGUCAGCCUUGUGUUUUGUUAGCUCAUGUGCGACGACCAAUCACAACGCGCUAAACAGCCAAGUAACUAAGAUAUCUAAUGAUAGAUGGCAAUGAUGUCAAUGAUGUCUAUGUUUCAUGACAUUUUUUCUUUACAUAGUUAUGGGCGUGGGAGGGUUGUGUCGGGGGGGUGGGCGUUCGGUAUAGGGUCUUAGUAUUGACUCAACUAACUCCUGACUAUAACUAGAAGCAAGGAGGGUUUAUGCCUUCUAAAUGAAGUUGAUAUUUUUCCUUAUGUCUUCCGAGUAAUGAUUGAAUUUUGGUAUCUUUUCAUUCAGCUGAGUCCCAGAUGUCUUUUGUUCAUUUCAAAGCCCUCAUUGGAUUGCUGGGAGUUACUUCUCUUAUUCUACUUACUGCGAUAGUCGUUAUAUUGAUCAAAAGAAGAAAGCGUUACAAUACCUGCAUUUGGUUCACUUCAAGAACACAAAAGUCUCAAGACGGGAACGAAACCAAUUCCAAGCUAAUGACAACGGAACUUUGAAUCGUUAUUUACCCCUUUGCUGAUAUCCUGGCUGUUUUCCGAAAAUUUCUGCUCAAGAGACCAAUUUAGCUUGUAUGUUUUUUUUUUCUCAAACACGGUCUCCGGGGAAUUUGCUCCUUUUUUUCAUAAAUUAUUCGUAUAUAUGCGAGUAUAUGUAUGUGUAAUCAAAUGGUGAUGAGUGAAAUUAGGGAAUAAUUUCACUUGCGUUUUGUCCAAAUCUUAAUAAUUUACGGAGCUCUUCCUAUUAAUAUCAUGGGUGACGAAUUACGUUAGCAAUCUUGGAUUUUUGACGUGUUUAUCCUGGAUCGUAUCGAUCGAGAACUCCACUCUCUCGAACGUUUAGAGCUUAAAUUUGACUCAAGUUUGGAAUUUUUCGACAGAAUACGUGUUAGAAUCCUUCUUGAUGUGCUCUUUGGUGUGUUCAGGUUUUCUAAAGCGUCUUUAUAUGCCCUGACGUCUUCAUUCAUGACAUUUUAACCUUCGUCGCCAUCUUGACACUGAGACGUACGGAAGGUUGCCAUGGCAAUUUUGUAAUUUCACAUUUGGAAUUACAAAUUAUCGCUGAAAUUUCGCGCCAACAUUAAGGAGUAAUUCGUCACCUAUGUUAUUAGUAUAGGUAAUAGCAUUAUUUGUAGUGAUAUUUGGCAUAAAUACCACGAGUGAUAUUUUGAAAUUGUUAUACGUCAUUUCACGAGCCUUUAGGCGAGUGAAAUUUGAGACAAUUUUGAAAUAUCACGAGUGGUAUUUAUGCCAAAUAUCACGUACAAAUCAUGCUAUUACUUGUUUAUACUACUACCCGCAAAAGGUUUGUAAUUUUCACAUGUAGGUAUUUCAGAUUAAGCUGAAAUACCACUGCUCUAAGCCAAUCAAAUUGUAGAAAUUUCUCAUGUAGUAGUAUAAAAGACGAAAUUUGAAGAAACAGUUCUAUGGAGUAUUAACACAUGACCUACAUUAAUAGGAAAACAAAGCAUACAAGCUAAAGAGGUCGACUGGCCAAUCAGAAUGGUAAUUGGAAUGGAUUUUACUUUGUGUCUUGUUCUUUUGUUAGCUACAGUAAAAUUAAAAAUAAAUUAUAAAUUAUAAAUUUUUAGACUUCCAUGUUGGAGGUACAUUUGUAAUCAACGAAUAAGUAACCAUUGACAGUAUGUUAUAUGUAUGUCAAUAACAAACUAUGAAGUAUAAUUUUAACAAUUAUAUAGAAAUUAGUUUUAACUCUUCAUACUGCCUAGCGUUAAUGAUUGGCGAAUUAUAGUAAGUAAAUGGCUGUACAUAACAUGUAGUACGAAUUAAUCAAGUUUAAUUACAUUUUCGCAAUUUUUGGGAUAAUCUUCGGGCGAAAAGAUAAACGUAUAAAAAAAAAACUGUAAUACACUAGUUGAAUAAAGUCAGUAUUUUGGAAAGAUCUGUUAAAAUAACUUUGAUAAAUAAUUUUGUAGUUUAGUUUUAAGAGUCGAACUCUUGGUUUUAACCCUAUCUCUUGUGUAUCUUCGAAUUUCCCUAAGUCUUUGCCAGUGGCGGUAAAAAGCCAAGAAGUUAUCUUUUUGAAAGACCUCUUCAGUAAAUAUUUACAUAAAGUCAAUUUAAAUGCAAUAAAAUAUUGAUGUGAUCAAAUGUUGAUAG